CUUACUGUUCUAGAUGUGGCGGGAAAUAUAUAAAUAAUGGUUGAGGUAGAUGCGAACUGAAGUCUAAACCUACUUUCUUCACGACUGUAACUAAAUGUCAUUAUAAUUUAUGAACAUGUGUGUGCCGAAUCACCAUCAAAAUUCUGAAAUGCUUCGAAGUAGCACAGAGGAAGUCACACCUGACGACAACUCCAAUUCUGGAAGAAGCUCGGUGCUGUCACCUUUGGAUUAUGGAGGCAAACAAAGAAGUCCUGGAUUAACAUCUUCCCUGCCGUCCCCAGGGUCGGAUAAUGCUAACACAAGCUCAAAUCAUUUUUUUCCUGCAAGUACGGAUCGUUUUGCAGGCCUUCUUAGAAGAGGUCAAGUAAAUCACAGCAUUAGAGGGGGCAGGACAAGUUCAUCUAUACCACCCUCCAGUGCUUCCUCAUUUGGUGGGACACCCAGAUUCAGGAGGACCCCAGGCUCAUUUGGUGCUGCAGCCAAACACCCUUCCCGGACACCACUUAUAGAACACUCUGUGGCCACUGGUAGCUCCUCUGUGACCACAGCCACUGCUGCUUCUGUGAUUGUAGCAGUGGUAGAAGGGCGUGGUUUGGCCAGGGGAGAGAUUGGCAUGGCCAGUAUCAACCUGAAGUGCCCAGAAAUGGUCCUGUCUCAAUUUGCAGACACUGGGACCUAUGCCAAGGUUAUCACUAAGCUUCACAUCUUGGUGCCACUGGAGAUACUUAUGCCUGACACUGCCAGUGAGAAAGGCAAAGGGACUAAGCUCUACAGCCUCAUCACAGAAAACUUUCAGUCAGUUGGUUUCACUGCAAUCCAGAGGAAAUACUUCAAUGAGAGGAAAGGACUGGAGUACAUCCAGCAGCUGUGUGCACCAGAGUACAGCACUGUUAUCAUGGAGGUGCAAGUUAAAUACUAUUGCCUGGCAGCGGCGGCAGCUUUGCUGAAAUACAUUGAGUUCAUUCAGAACUCCGUCUAUGCACCCAAGUCACUGAAAGUGAUCUUCAGAGGGAGCGAGCAGACUGCCAUGAUUGACUCAGCGUCUGCUACUAACCUGGAGCUGGUUGUCAACAACAGGGACCACAGGAGUGAACAUACUCUGCUAGGGGUGCUGAACUACACCAAAACCCCUGGUGGAGAAAGGAGGCUGCGCUCGAAUAUUCUAGAGCCCCUGUUGGAUUUUGAUACAAUAAACAUGCGUCUGGACACCAUUCAAGAGCUGUUACAGGACGAGGAGCUCUUCUUUGGCUUAAAGAAUGCCAUUGGACAUUUUCUGGACAUAGACCAACUACUCUCUGUUCUUGUUCAGAUUCCCAAGCAGGAAACGGUUCAAGUUGCAGAGUCAAAGAUUACACAUGUAAUUCAGCUAAAGCAUACGUUGGAGUUGAUACCACCGCUCAGGAUGGUGCUGAAGAACUGUUGCACUGCCCUUCUGAAGGCUUACAGCAGCUCCCUGGAAGACAACAGGUUUGACAAGAUUCUAAAGCAGAUCAAAACAGUAAUUAAUGAUGACACAAAUUACUUGAAGGGGAGCCUUAACAUGCGCACACAGAAAUGCUACGCGGUGCGCCCCAACAUCAACGAGUUCCUGGACAUUUCCCGGCGAGCCUACACUGAGAUUGUGGAUGACAUUGCCGGGCUGGUUGACCAGAUGGGGGAGAAGUAUGCCUUGCCUUUGCGCACCAGCUUUAGCACCGCUCGAGGUUUCUUCAUCCAGAUGAAACUGGAGGGUGUGGCUUUACCCGAUGGGAAGCUCCCAGCUGACUUCAUCAAGGUGACGAAGCAAAAGAACAACUACAGCUUCACCACAGCAGACCUGAUGAAGAUGAAUGAUCGCUGUGAUGAGGCCCUCAGAGAAAUAUUCCACAUGUCCUACGUGGUUGUGUGUCAGCUGCUAAGUACAGUUCAUGAGCAUAUUCACUGCCUUUACAAGCUGUCUGACGCUGUGUCCAUGCUUGACAUGCUGCUGUCACUAGCCAAUGCAUGCACCCUCUCAGACUAUGUGCGUCCUGAGUUCACAGAUACCCUGGCCAUCAAGCAGGGCCGUCAUCCCAUACUGGAGCGCAUCGCUGGCCAGCAGCCUGUGUCCAACAACUGCUACAUCUCUGAAGGCAGCAACUUUGUUAUCAUCACUGGGCCCAACAUGAGUGGCAAAUCUACUUACCUCAAACAGGUGGCACUGUGCCAGAUAAUGGCUCAGAUAGGCUCCUUUGUGCCUGCUGAGUAUGCCUCCUUCCGCAUCGCUGACCAGAUUUUCACCCGAAUCGGUGUGGAUGACGAUUUUGAAACGAACUCCUCAACCUUCAUGUUGGAAAUGAAGGAGGUCUCAUACAUAACUCAUAAUGUGAGUGAGCGGUCUCUCAUCAUCAUAGAUGAGCUUGGGCGUGGCACCAGUGCUGAGGAGGGCGUUGGCAUCUGCCAUUCUGUCUGUGAAUUCCUCCUUAGCCUCAGGGCAUUCACUUUGUUUGCAACACACUUUCUGGAGCUCUGUGAACUGGAGACAUUGUACCCCAAUGUGGAAAACCAACACAUGGAGGUUCAGCACACCCGCUCCAGUGACACAGGUACAGAGUGUGUUGUCUACACCUUCCUGCUAAGCCGUGGAAGCUCUGAGGAAAGAAACUAUGGUCUGAGGGCGGCAGAGAUGACUGCACUACCACUCACCAUAAUCCAAGAAGCAAAGGCUAUUGCUUUCAAAGUCAGCCAACAGCACUUGGCAAGCAACCACAGCGAUCCGGAAACACAGCGUCAGAAAGCAGUGUACCACCUGGCCACACGUCUCCUGCAGACAGCCAGGAACUCCAGACUGGACCCUGACAGUCUGCGCAUCUAUCUGAAGAGUCUGAAAACACAAUAUGAAGCAGAGCUGCAGGUCGCAGGAGAGCCUGUGUCCAUAGAGACAGAGAAAGAAUGAUUCCUACAAGAGGAUGUCAAAGGGGUUGAAUUGGCUUAUUAUGAGAGGGGAGGCGUUUUGAGGACUUAAGUGAUGGUGUUUGGUUUUUAAAUAAUUAUAAAUUGUAUGUUCAAUGGAUUAGAGGUUUAUUUCAAUGUUUAUUUUUUAGUAACACAAAUAUGAAUGUUUUAUUUGACAAAAUUGUCGCGUUUAUUAACUUCAUUUGGAGUUGGAAAAGGAACAAGGACCCAAAUGUAAACACCCAUGUAGAUUCAAAACCCCUAUCAGAGCAAGAGGCCCUGCCUUCUACAGUCCCCUCCCUUUGAAUUGUACGCUGUGUGUGGAAACCAGCUGAGACAGACCGACCCGCCCCCGCGAAACCGAAACACAAGACAGACCGCCAGCGUUGGAGGCUUGGGUUGGAGCUGCUCCGGGGAAUUCGCCGUUACAUUUCAGCAUUUCAGGAACUGCAGCAUUAAAACACUUCAGACUGUCGAGGUGAGGAACCAUCUAACAUCAAGAAAG